UUCAACAAGUCUCAGUUCAGGUAACACUCCGGCAUGAAAAAGCACGUCAAAUUCCUUGAAAACAACGAUAAAAGCCGUCUGUACCACAAAAAGUCGUUUUUACCAAGGCCAUCUGGUCUUAACCAUGUGCAAACUGGCAAAACAAACUCAGUAUUUGGACAUAAAAUACAAAGACCUGCAACUGUACAAGUGCCAGAACAAGAUCAGGGCAUUAAAACUAUUCUUAUCCCUAAGACCAUAACUGCUGCUCCAUUUUUACAGCACCCAGGCUUGACACCCGGACAGAAGCGUUUUCUGUACAGUAUCGCAGAGGCGUACAGUAAAGAGCACAUGCGUCAGUUAAUAUGUCAGCACUAUAUGAAUGUGUUACACCGCUGUAUCAGGACAGUGCCAGAUGAGAAUGUGAAUCUAAACGCGAAGCGGCAGAUGUCAACAUACACCACACAAGAGGAGCACACGACAAACUCUCAAAGUACAUCCACGAGAAAGACAAAACAAAGUGGAAAGAGAUCUUCAACCUCAGAUAAAGUAAAAAAAACUACUUUACCUAAAAUCAUCAAUCAUCAAAGAGUGUCUUCUGGAUUUGCAAAAUCAAAUACGAUACAUUUAAGAAAUAAAAGGACUACCAUUGGAAAACAUGCUUCUUCACGAGGAUCACGUCCAUGGGAAGAAGACUUUGAAUGGGAGGCGACUGAAAUGGAUUCAUAUCUUGCUGGACACAUGAGUGGCUUGUCUUUCAAUGAAUCGGAAGACGAUGAUGAGGACUUUCUAUUCCUUACCUAACACAAUCUAUUUUAUUUGUCUUUUAAGAAAAAUAUCUAACAGGAUCAUACCUGAAACACACCCAAGACAUUCCAGUUUUAAGUAAAAAGCUGUUUGAGACAUUUCAAAAUAGUCAUUUUGAUAAUGUGUUUAAU